AUGGCUUUGCCGAAGCGCAUCAUCAAGGAGACCGAGCGGUUGAUGGCUGAGCCUGUGCCCGGUAUCAACGCUGUUCCUCAUGAAGAUAACCUGCGAUACUUCGAUGUCUCGAUUCACGGUCCAUCCCAGUCUCCCUACGAAGGUGGCAUCUUCCGCCUCGAGCUCUUCCUUCCUGAUGACUACCCUAUGACCCCGCCGAAGAUCCGUUUCUUGACCAAGAUCUACCACCCCAACAUCGAUCGCCUUGGCCGUAUCUGCUUGGACGUCCUGAAGAACAACUGGUCCCCUGCCCUCCAGAUCCGCACUAUUCUCCUCUCUAUCCAAGCCCUCCUCGGUGCCCCAAAUCCCGAUGACCCGCUUGCCAACGAUGUGGCUGAGCGCUGGAAGGAAGACGAGCCCGCCGCCAUUCAGACCGCGAAAGAGUGGACCCGCACCCACGCCAUGACUUGA